UUGGCGGGGCCGGGGUCACGACACGGAAGCGGAUCGGCCAUGUUGCCGGGUGACCCCGGGAGGCAAUCGGUUGCCGUGAGGGUCUCGGAGCGCUUUCCCUUUCUCCUCCUCCUCCUCCUCCCCGGUCCGUUCCCGGUCGCCCGUCCACGCACCCGUCUUCCCCCAUGGCAGCGUGGUCCCGGGAGGCUGUCCUGACCCUCUACCGGGCCCUGCUGCGCCAGGGCCGUGGGCUGCGUUACACCGACCGGGAUUUCUACCUCACUUUCAUCCGCCGCGAGUUCCGCAAGAACCGGGGGCUGCAGCAGCUAGAGGACAAGGAAAGACAGUUGGAGAAGGGGCAAGCUUUCCUGCAGAGCAAACUCGGGGGCCUGGUUUAG